AUGCCAAACCCCCCAACUGUGGGGAUGGAAGGAGAUUCAGUUGGUGAUAAUCAAAUAUCAUCCCCAUCUUCCAAGCGACACAAGAAGUCCAAAGCCACUCAUGCACGCACCCUCAUGAAGACAAAACCUCCCCAUGUGACACCUGGGGGCCACAACCAAAUGAAAGAAGCUGUGGUACCAGAGAACGAGGUGAAAGGUCCACAGGAUGAUGGCAUUGUACCUGAGCCACCACCUUGCAACUCACCUGAACCAGGCAGGUCUUCAUCAUCAGUAAAGUUAGAGGCAAUAAACCUGAAAACGUUCCCAUUGGGUGUAUGCUCAGGUUCCCAGCAAGGACGUGGGCUGCAACUCCCUGAUGACCCAGAAAACAACGUCUUCAUGGAGCAAGCCGUUCCGGAAUCACAUACACCAAUGGUCAUCCCUCCAAUUAGGCUCAUCCAUCCAACACUGCAUAGUACUCCCCUCAAAGUUCAACCAGUGUUAAAGAUUAAUGGAAGUACACACCUCACUGUGAACGAAGGUCCAACAUCCCAGGCACCAUAG